AGCAAGGAGGAGAGAAGGCGAGGAGAGACGCCGUGAUGGGGCGAAAACACAAUAAAACAGAAGUGGAAGAAGUGGUAGAAGAGGAGAAAGAUGAGGUCUCGGAAGCGGAGGAGGAGGAGGAGGAGGAGGGAGUGAAGGAAGAGGGCGCGGGGAAUGGAGAGGUGGCGGCGGAGGCUGAGGACGAGAGGAGGAAUGAGGAGGCUGUGGAGCUGAUGGCGGGAAUGUUCGUCGUCGGCAAAGUCGGAAAGGCACUUCUUGCAAUUUUUGAUAGCCCAAUAACUAAGGCUGGGAGGCUGCAUGCUGUUUACGUAAAAACUGAUAAAGGAGUCCUUUUCGAAAUUAAACCAUAUGUACGCAUCCCACGGACAUUGAAGUGGUUGUUUGGUCUCAUGUUUAGUUUAAAAAUUGAGUAUAACUGCUGUUGGUAAGCGUGUGAAACUUCUUAAUGUAAUAAAAAAUCGUGUUACAUGCCACUUGCCUGCCAAUUCCGGGAAAAUAGGCCUCUCAUAUAGUUCAGAAAAGUUGGUUGAUUUGAACAAUUAUGCUGCCGCUGCAAGUGACAAUGUCAGCCUUGUUUGUCUGGUGUGUGCGGCCGAUGAUAAAACUUUGAAAUGAAUAGGCUUAUUAUCAUCGUAUAUAUGUACAUAUGGGACCAUAUGUUCAGGUUGGUGCCAUGGCACAUGGAGUGAUCGAUAGGGAAUAUACAGAUGAUUUUAUAUCAAAUCAAUUGGCUGAGGUGCCGGACUCGUUACAUCCAACUCAUCAGGUGGCGUGGGCGCAAUCGGCGCCGGCGGGCUUGGC